AUGAAUGAAAAUUCAAGUAAGAGUGAAAAACCAGGAUUAAGAAGUGGGUAUGACUUACCGGUGUAUGGUUUAUCUAACGGAUCAUUUUAUUAUAUACAUAUCCCCGCGCUUGUCUGUAUAUUAUGCAGUUUUAGUUGUGCCAUUAUUACAUUAACCUUUGUAUUCAAGCAUGGAAAUUUUAGAAAAUUCUUCACAUGGUCAAAAAGUAAUCGUUUUGUCGUCUACAUGGCAAUUUGCGACGGAGGAUUUAAUAUAGUUCACAGCAUGGACCAUAUUCACUAUGUCGUCACGAAGGAGCAUGUGCGACCGAAAGAACUUUGCGACUUGUAUGGGUUUUUGCUGGUAGAGUUCAUCUCUUCACAAAUCUUGAUGUCAAAUGUUGUGGCAAUUAACGCGUUUAUGAUUAUGGUUUUCAAGAAACAACUUAUAUUCGGCAAAUAUGAUUGGAAACUUCUGACAUGGACUUUUGGAAUCCCGUUUGUUUGUGCCUCGAUCGCAGGGGCUUUCAAACAGUUUGGACCUGCCGGGUCAUUUUGUCUUUUUGAUGGAGUUAAUGGUGGUACAGCUAACAUCGUCUUAACAACAGUUCCUCUUCUAAUUUUCCUCACCUUAAACAGUGGUCUGUAUAUUAUCACAUGGAGGAAGAUCAAACAAGAUACUAGCGGUCUUCAUCAAGAUAUACAAACAGAGAAUACUGCUAACAAGUCAAAAAGAGCUGCUAAAAACAUGUCAAUGUUUGUUGUAGCAUUCAUAAUUCAAUGGUGGCCGUUAGGUCCGUCAGGUAUCUGGACACUUAUAGAUGUCAACGUACCACAGGCAUUGAUUCAUGCUGGGACAAUAUUUUCCAACAUCGGCGGCUGUUUGAACCUUUGCAUUUAUCUCAUCAUCAGGCGCAGAAAUAAGAUUGCGGCGAUAGAGACCACGAGUGUAGCAAGAUGAAAACAACAUCGUGAGCAU